AUGGGUUUCACUCACAUUCAGCAGGAGUCAGUCAUUACUGGCCGGUGGCCACUCCCCAUUUCCCAAACGCAGAGGAAGACGAGGAAGAAGAAAGAACCAUCCGAUUCUCCUCGGGAAAUGAAACGACGUCGCCUCUGCCUCGUCCGUCCUUUCUCCUCAAAGCCCAGAAAAUCCAUUGAUGAUGACGAAAAUUUCAUUUCCAUCUUAAAUGGCAUCGUCCGAGGUAAGGCAAGCUGGAAAAUCGCCUUGAACAAUCCAUCCAUUGCAGCCCAUCUCCGACCCCACCACGUCGAAAGAGUCCUCAUUCACAAUUUGCACGAUCCCAGGUUAGCUCUCCGGUUCUUCAAUUUUCUGGGCCUCCACAAGAACUUCGACCAUUCCACGACGUCAUUUUGUAUCCUAAUUCAUUCUCUAGUCAAUUCAAAUUUCUUCUGGCCUGCAUCUUCCCUUGUACAGACCCUUUUGACUAGUAGAGACUUGGGUCCCAAGUGCAUUUUUGAGAAUUUGUUUGAUUGUUAUGAAAGAUUAGAUUUUCAUCUCAAUUCGACCUCUGGUUUUGAUUUGUUUGUUCAAGGUUGUGUUCAGAGUAGAAGGGUUUUAGAUUCUGUAGUAUUUUUGAAGCUUAUGAAGGAGUAUAAUAUAAUUCCCGAAGUGAGGACUGUCAAUGCUGUUUUGAACGGGUUGAUUCGGUUCAGGCGAUUUGAAAUGGUUCUCGAGGUGUUUGAUGAUGUUGCUUUAUGUGUAGGGGUUAGGCCUGAUGUGUAUAUGUAUACUGCAGUAGUUAGGAGUUUGUGUGAGUUGAGAAAUUUCGAUAGAGCUGAGGAAAUGGUGAGCUUGGUUGAACAAAAUGGGGAGGAGCUGAAUGUGGUUCUGUAUAAUGUAUUGAUUAAUGGACUGUGCAAAGGAGGGAGGGUCACUCGAGCAUUGGAAGUGAAGAAUUCAUUGAGUUCUAAAGGGUUGCAAGCAGACUGUGUUACAUUUUGUACUAUGAUUUUGGGUUUCUGUAGAAUGCAGGAUUUUUGUGGUGCUAAGGAGUUGAUGAGUCAGAUGAUUGAGUUGGGUUUUGUUCCAAGUGUGGCUGCUGUUUCGGGGGUUGUUGAUGGAUUGAGAAGGAGUGGUGCUACUCAGAAGGCUUAUGAUUUAGUGAAUCAGGCUGGGAGGGUCGGCGUGUUGCCUAACUUGUAUGUGUAUAAUGCUUUGAUAAAUUCUUUAUGUAAGGAUGGAAAAUUAGAUGCAGCAGAGUCUCUUUUCACAAGAAUGGAGGAAAAGGGAUUGCUUCAGAAUGAUGUAACUUUUAAUAUAAUCAUCGACUCCCUUUGCAAAUGUGGGAAAUUAGAUUUAGCAUAUAGGGUAUUCAGGAAAAUGGUAGAUUCCGGGGUAGAAGUAUCUGUAUAUUCGUACAAUUCUUUAAUUAAUGGACAUUGCAAGUUUGGGAAAUUAUGUGAUGCAAAGAGUUUUUAUGAUCAAAUGGUUCGUAAAGGAUUGAGUCCAACCGUUGUGACUUACACGCCACUGAUCGAUGGUUAUUGCGUGGAAGGAGAUAUUCACGAGGCCCUUAGGCUUUACCACGAAAUGACUGGAAAAGGGGUUUCACCAAAUACGUAUAUCUUUACAGCACUUAUUUCUGGCUUCUGUCGUGCAAAAAAGAUUGCUGAAGCUACGGAGUUGUUUAAUAGAAUGGCAGAAUUGAAUGUUGCUCGGAAUGAAGUUACUUAUAAUGUAAUGAUUGAAGGGUAUUGCAGAGUUGGUAAUACUACAAAAGCUUUUGAGUUGUUUGAGGAUAUGGUUAAGAAGGGCCUUGUGCCUGAUACAUACACGUAUAGGCCUCUGAUAGCUGGCCUAUGUUCGACAGGUAGGACCAAUGAAGCCAGGGAGUUCUUCGAUGAAAUUCAUCAGAAGCAUUGCAAGCUGAAUGAGAUGUGCUUUUCUGCACUUCUUUAUGGUUACUACAAGGAAGGAAGGUUGAAGGAUGCGCUGAAAGCUUGUCAAGUCACAGGGGAAAAUGGCGGGAUACAAAUGGACCUCGUUUGCUAUGCAGUACUCAUUUGUGGAACGUUAAAACAACUUGAUUUUGAUACAUUAUUAAGUGUUUUGAAACAGAUGCAUGAUCAAGGAUUGAACCCUGACAAUGUGAUCUACACAAGUAUGAUUGAUGCCUACGGAAAAGCAGGGAAUUUGAAAGCUGCAUUGGGAUAUUGGGGCAUAAUGAUGACCUAUGGUUGUUUCCUUGAUCAGCUCAUAAGAGAAGGAUGCUUGGAAAAAGCUUCAGAACUGCAUAGUGCUAUGCUUAAAGGAAGUCUCGCCAAUACUGUGACUUAUAACAUACUGAUAAGAGGUUUAUGCAAACACGGUCAAGUCCAAGUGGCAGAUGACUUAAUAGCUGAAAUGGUUGCUAAUGGUAUUUCCCCGGAUUGCAUAACCUAUUCCACGAUUAUGGGUGAGUAUUGCAGGAACGGAGAUUUCCAGGGAGCUUUGAGCAUAUGGGAAGCUAUGCUGAAUAGGGGUGUAAAACCUGACCGAGUUGCUUACAACAUUUUCAUAUAUGGCUGCUGUAAUGCUGGCAAAAUGUCAAAAGCGUUUGAAUUGCUUGAGGAGAUGAGAAGUAAAGGUUUUGAGCAGCAACAGGCAAUGAGCUUGAUUCAGAAGUUCAGUCCGGUCACGUGA